GUUGGCUAUCACUUAAUUUAGAAAUGUUUUCGUGGUUUAAAAAUCAUCUGAUUACAACGUCCACAAUUUCACAGAGCGAAAUCUUUUAAGCUGUGCUUGUCAUGAGUUCGCUCCGUUUUCCAGACUGAGGAUUUGAACCUCAUUCUGCUCUGAUCCAAUUGUUAUUUUCCUUUGUUGCCUCCACCCCCUAGAGAUUGUGUUUCCAAGGGAGAGGCGUUCUUGGGGCUGAAGAGGAGAGCCUGGUGGGAUGAGAUGUGGCACCUCAGGAACUAGAUCCCUCCUCCCCCGCCUGGUGAGAAGGCACAGACAAUUUUGACAGCUCGUAGACCGGCUUUGGCUCUCACGCUUGCGGUCCAUGGGUAGGUUUUACCUUCUCCCUUUUCCCCUGUUCUGGCUUGCCUACAGGCCAACCGCAUAUGCAGCCAUUGCCCCAGCCCACCCAGAGCUUUCUCUCACCCAUCCUCUUGGGGAACUGGGGCAAAUGUCCGUAGAAGACUUCGCGGAUUGGGGCAAGGGACGCCGGAAUCGGGACACUCGAGAGGGCAGCCCCUCCCCAGGCUUUCCCCCACCCCCAGUCGCGGGGCCCACGUGACCGAGAGCAGGCCUCCACCGGCCCGCCCCUUUCGGCCGCUGCAGCCCACUUCCCGCUCCGGGUGCGUACGCGACGGAGCGGGGUGUGAAGAUGGCGGACGAAGAGGCCGAGCAGGAGAGGUUGAGUCGCGGCGGAGGCGGUUGCGUCGCGGAGCUGCAGCGCCUGGGUGAGCGGCUCCAGGAGCUGGAGCGACAGCUGCGGGAGAGCCGCGUGCCGGCCGUGGAAGCGGCCACGGAGUACUGUCAGCAGCUGUGCCAGACACUCCUUGAAUAUGCAGAGAAAUGGAAAACUUCAGAAGAUCCUUUACCUUUAUUGGAGGUAUACACAGUGGCUAUCCAAAGUUAUGUUAAAGCCCGACCUUAUCUUACCUCUGAAUGUGAAAAUGUAGCAUUGGUUCUGGAACGCUUGGCAUUAAGCUGUGUUGAACUUUUACUGUGUCUGCCUGUUGAGUUAUCAGAUAAACAGUGGGAACAAUUUCAGACACUGGUGCAGGUAGCUCAUGAAAAGCUGAUGGAGAAUGGCAGCUGUGAAUUGCAUUUUUUAGCUACUCUAGCUCAAGAGACUGGGGUGUGGAAAAACCCGGUACUGUGCACUAUUCUUUCCCAGGAACCAUUGGAUAAGGAUAAAGUGAAUGAAUUUUUAGCUUUUGAGGGUCCCAUCUUGUUGGAUAUGAGAAUUAAACAUCUAAUCAAAACCAAUCAGUUAAGUCAAGCAACUGCUCUAGCAAAGCUGUGUUCUGACCAUCCAGAGAUUGGUACAAAAGGUAGUUUUAAGCAAACUUACCUUGUUUGUCUUUGUACAUCAUCACCAAAUGAAAAGUUAAUCGAAGAGAUUUCAGAAGUUGAUUGCAAAGAUGCACUAGAAAUGAUUUGUAACUUAGAAUCUGAGGGUGAUGAAAAAAGUGCUCUUGUCUUAUGUACUGCAUUUUUAUCACGUCAGCUCCAACAAGGAGAUAUGUACUGUGCUUGGGAACUCACUCUCUUUUGGAGUAAAUUACAGCAAAGAGUAGAACCAUCUAUACAAGUGUACCUAGAAAGAUGUCGGCAACUGUCUCUGUUAACCAAGACGGUAUAUCACAUUUUCUUCCUGAUUAAAGUUAUUAAUUCAGAGACUGAAGGGGCUGGACUUGCCACCUGUAUAGAAUUAUGUGUAAAAGCCCUUCGUUUGGAAUCUACAGAAAAUACUGAAGUGAAAAUAUCUAUUUGCAAGACCAUUUCGUGCUUGUUGCCUGAUGAUCUGGAAGUUAAACGUGCUUGUCAACUGAGUGAAUUUCUUAUUGAGCCUACAGUAGAUGCAUAUUAUGCUGUGGAAAUGCUGUAUAACCAGCCAGACCAGAAAUAUGAUGAAGAGAAUCUUCCAAUACCAAAUUCUCUACGCUGUGAGCUCUUACUUGUAUUGAAAACUCAGUGGCCCUUUGAUCCAGAAUUCUGGGAUUGGAAAACAUUAAAACGACAAUGUCUUGCAUUAAUGGGAGAAGAAGCAUCUAUUGUGUCUUCAAUAGAUGAACUAAACGACAGUGAAGUUUAUGAGAAAGUAGUGGACUACCAGGAAGAGAUUAAAGAAACUUCUGUGAAUGGACUUUCUGAUGGAAUUGGUGCUAAUUCUGGCCUUCUUAAAGACAUCUGUGAUGAAAAGCAGAAGAAGAGAGAGAUAAAACAAUUAAGAGAGAGGGGAUUUAUUUCUGCUAGGUUUAGGAAUUGGCAAGCCUACAUGCAAUAUUGUGUGCUAUGUGACAAAGAAUUCCUUGGUCAUAGAAUAGUACGACAUGCUCAAAAACAUUACAAAGAUGGGAUUUACAGUUGCCCUAUAUGUGCAAAGAACUUCAAUUCUAAAGAAACUUUUGUCCCUCAUGUCACAUUGCAUGUUAAACAAUCUAGUAAAGAGAGACUAGCAGCUAUGAAACCACUAAGAAGACUGGGAAGGCCACCUAAGAUCGCAACUACCAAUGAGAAUCAGAAGACUAAUGCUGUGACCAAGCAGGAACAGCGGCCUAUAAAAAAGAAUAGUCUCUAUUCAACAGACUUCAUAGUAUUUAAUGACAAUGAUGGUUCAGAUGAUGAGACUGAUGACAAAGAUAAAUCUUAUGAACCAGAAGUGAUCCCAGUCCAGAAACCAGUACCUGUUAAUGAAUUUAAUUGCCCUGUAACUUUUUGUAAAAAGGGCUUUAAGUACUUUAAAAAUUUAAUUGCUCAUGUAAAGGGGCAUAAGGAUAAUGAAGAUGCCAAGCGCUUUCUUGAAAUGCAAAGCAAAAAAGUUAUUUGCCAGUACUGUAGACGGCAUUUUGUAAGUGUUACUCAUCUUAAUGAUCACCUACAAAUGCACUGUGGCAGUAAACCAUAUAUCUGUAUACAGAUGAAAUGUAAGGCUGGUUUUAAUAGUUACGCAGAGCUCUUAACACACCGAAAGGAACAUCAAGUCUUUAGAGCAAAGUGUAUGUUUCCUAAAUGCGGCAGAAUUUUUUCAGAAGCUUAUUUACUGUAUGAUCAUGAGGCACAGCAUUACAAUACCUAUACUUGUAAGUUCACAGGUUGCGGUAAGGUUUAUCGUUCUCAGAGUGAGCUAGAAAAGCAUCUGGACGAUCACAGUACUCCUGAAAAAAUGCUGCCUCCUGAAGACCAACAUAUUUCAUCUGGAGAUUGUGUUCAGCCUUCUAAAGUGAAUCCGAACACAGAAGUUAGCAUCGAGAAAGAGGGGUCUGUGCUUCCCUCAGAAAAUAAUAUUGAAAACACCAUACCGGCAGAUAGAAGUGAUGCUUGGGAUAAAAGCAAAGCAGAAUCAGCUGUGACCAAACAAGACCAGAUUUCUGCAUCAGAGCUCAGGCCAGCUGAUGGACCAUUGUCAAAUGGUUUGGAAAACCCUGUGACUACUCCUCUGCUUCAGGCCAGUGAAGUAGCUGUAUCCAUUAAAGUGUCCCUCAAUCAGGGGAUCGAGGAUAACUUUGGAAAGCAAGAAAACUCAACUUUGGAAGGCACUGCUGAAUCACUGGUCACAGACUUACAUACACCAGUUAGAGAUACUUGUAGUGAUUUGUGUCGUCCAGGUUUUCAAGAAAGAAAACAGGAUUGCUUUAAUGAAGCCCAGAUUACUCAGAAUUCUUUAGUAAAUUCAGAAACCCUCAAAAUAGGUGACCUUACCCCACAAAACUUAGAAAGACAAGUGAACAGCCUGAUGACCUUUUCUGUGCAAAAUCAGGCAGGAUUUCAAAACAGUUUACCAGCUUCCAAGUUUGAGUGUGGAGGUAAUGUUAAAACAUCAUCCAAUCUUUAUAAUUUACCUCUUAAGACAUUGGAAAGUAUCACAUUUGUUCCACCACAGCCCAACCCAAGUAGUUCUUUAGGAACUCCAUCAGUGCCUCCAAAAGCGCCAGUUCAGAAAUUCAGUUGCCAGGUUGAGGGAUGUACUCGAACCUAUAAUUCUUCACAGAGUAUUGGGAAACACAUGAAGACAGCACACCCUGACCAGUAUGCUGCAUUUAAAAUGCAGCGCAAAAGUAAAAAAGGUCAGAAAUCUAACAACUUAAAUACACCAAAUAAUGGAAAGUUUAUUUAUUUUUUGCCAUCACAGGUGAGCAGCUCUAACAAUGCAUUUUUUACACCACAGACCAAAGCCAACGGGAAUCCUACUUGUUCAAAUCAGUUGCAGCAUGUCUCGCCUUCCAUUUUUCCAGCUCAUUUAACAAGUGUGUCAACUCCGCUGUUGCCCUCAGUGGAAAGUGUCAUAAAUCCAAAUAUACCUUCUCAGGAUAAAAAUGAACAAGGUGGUGGUAUUAUAUGUUCCCAAAUGGAAAAUUUAUCUACUACUACCUUGCCAGCACAAAUGGAAGAUCUAACCAAAACAGUUUUGCCUUUGAAUAUUGACAGUGGCUCAGAUCCUUUCCUUCCUCUACCUGCAGAAAGUAGUUCAAUGUCUCUCUUCCCUUCACCAGCAGAUAAUGGGGCUAAUUCUGUUUUUUCCCAACUGGAAAAUAGUACAAAUCAUUUUUCCUCACAGAUUGAAGGAAACACUAAUUCCUCCUUUCUAAAGGGAGGUAAUGGUGAAAAUGCAGUUUUUCCUUCACAAGUCAAUGUUGCAAAUGACUUUAAUAGCACCAGUGCCCAACAGUCAGCACCUGAAAAGGUGAAAAAAGACCGUGGGCGGGUCCCAAAUGGGAAGGAAAGAAAACCCAAGCACAACAAAAGGGCUAAAUGGCCUGCAAUUAUCAGAGAUGGGAAAUUUAUCUGUAGCAGGUGUUACAGGGCUUUUACUAAUCCCAGAUCUCUGGGUGGACACUUAUCUAAGCGAUCUUACUGUAAACCACUGGAUGGAGCAGAAAUUGCUCAAGAACUUCUACAGAAUAAUGGACAGCCUUCUCUUCUUGCCAGCAUGAUUCUCUCCACAAAUGCGGUAAAUUUGCAGCAGCCGCAACAGUCUACCUUCAGUCCAGAAGCAUGUUUUAAAGAUCCAUCGUUCCUGCAACUUCUUGCUGCUGAAAAUCGCUCAUCUACAUUUUUACCAAAUACAUUUCCUCGGACUGGUGUGACUAGUUUUAGUACCAGUGUUAGUCAAGAAGGAAGUGAAAUAAUUAAACAGGCUUUGGAAACUGCUGGCAUUCCCAGUACAUUUGAGGGUGCCGAAAUGCUUUCUCAUGUUCCAACAGGUUGUGUUUCAGAUGCGGCACAAGUAAGUGCAACAGUGAUGCCAAAUCCAGCUGUGCCACCCCUGUUGCAGACUGUAUGCCACCCAAACCCCCUGCUGACAAACCAGAAUAGGACACCAAACUCCAAAACUUCCUCCAUUGAGGAAUGCAGCAGUUUGCCUGUUUUCCCAACAAAUGACUUACUACUGAAGACUGUUGAAAAUGGUUUGUGUUCUAGUUCAUUCCCCAAUUCUAAUGGGCCAUCACAAAAUUUUACCAAUAACAGUUCACGUGUUUCAGUUAUAAGUGGUCCUCAGAACACGAGGUCUAGUCAUUUAAAUAAGAAGGGAAACAGUGCUUCGAAGAGAAGAAAGAAAGUUGCUCCUCCCCUAAUUGCACCUAAUGCUUCCCAAAACUUGGUAACAAGUGACUUAACAGCAAUGGGACUUAUAGCAAAGAGUAUAGAGAUACCAACUAGUAACCUCCAUUCAAAUGUAAUUCCAAAUUGUGAGCCUCAGGGUUUGGUGGAAAACCUAACACAGAAAUUAAAUAAUGUUGACAAUCAGUUAUUUAUUACUGAUGUGAAAGAAAACUUUAAAACCAAUCUUGAGUCCCAUACAGUGUUAGCUCCUUUAACAUUAAAAACUGAAAAUGGUGAUUCCCAAAUGAUGGCUUUGAAUUCGUGCACAACUUCAAUAAAUUCUGAUUUGCAGAUUUCUGAAGACAAUGUUAUACAAAACUUUGAAAAGACUCUUGAAAUUAUUAAAAGUGCUAUGAAUUCUCAAAUACUUGAGGUAAAAAGUGGAUCUCACAGUGUUGGUGAAACAUCACAGAAUGCCCAAAUAAAUUAUAACAUUCAGCUUCCUUCAGUAAAUGCUGUACAAAAUAACAAGUUACCUGAUUCUUCUCAGUUUUCUUCCUUCAUAGGUGUCAUGCCAGCAAAAAGUAACAUUCCUCCAUCUGAAGUAUUACAUAAGGAGGAUCAAAUACAGGAAAUUUUAGAAGGCUUGCAGAAAUUAAAAUUAGAAAAUGACCUGUCCACUCCAGCACCCCAGUGCGUACUAAUAAAUACAUCAGUGACACUGACUCCCACUCCUGUUAAACCAAUUCCAAAUGUCACAGUUAUUCAGCCAGUUUCCGAAAUGAUAAGCAACAUUCAGUUUAGUGACAAAGUUAAUAAACCCUUUGUGUGUCAAAACCAAGGCUGUAAUUACAGUGCUAUGACAAAGGAUGCUUUAUUUAAGCACUAUGGUAAGAUUCAUCAGUACACUGCAGAGAUGAUUCUUGAAAUUAAGAAGAAUCAGUUGAAAUUUGCUCCAUUUAAAUGUGUAGUACCUACCUGUACAAAAACAUUUACAAGAAAUUCUAAUCUCCGGGCACACUGUCAGUUGGUCCAUCAUUUUACAACAGAAGAAAUGGUAAAGUUAAAAAUAAAACGGCCUUAUGGAAGAAAAUCUCAGAGUGAAAAUUUGUCAGCCCCACGAGUUACACAAGCAAAAAGACAGCUAACUAUGACAGAGGAAAAUAAAAGAGAAUUGCAGCCCACUUUAGACUUGGGAGCAAUGAAGGAAAAUGCCCUCGGUAAUGUAGCAGUGAUCCCAGAAAAACAACUUGUAGAAAAAAAAAGUCCUGAAAAAACAGAAAGUUCUGUGCAAGUGAUCACAGUUACUUCAGAACAAGGUAAUACAAAUUCUCUCGCAAACAUACAAACCAAAGGACGGAAAAUUAGGAGACAUAAAAAAGAAAAGGAGGAGAAAAAACGCAAGAAGCCAGUUUCUCACUCCCUUGAGUUUCCAACAAGAUACAGUCCCUACAGACCUUAUCGAUGUGUUCACCAGGGUUGCUUUGCCGCUUUUACUAUACAGCAAAACUUAAUUCUGCAUUACCAGGCUGUACACAAGUCAGAUCUACCUGCGUUUUCUGCAGAGGUUGAAGAAGAAAGUGAAGCUGGUAAAGAAAGUGAAGAAAUUGAAACUAAACAGACUGUGAAAGAAUUUCGAUGUCAGGUGAGUGACUGUUCUCGAAUUUUCCAAGCAAUUACUGGCCUGAUACAACACUACAUGAAACUUCAUGAAAUGACUCCUGAGGAGAUUGAAAGUAUGACUGCUUCUGUGGAUGUUGGGAAAUUUCCAUGUGACCAGUUAGAGUGUAAGUCUUCAUUUACCACAUACUUGAACUAUGUUGUUCAUCUUGAGGCAGAUCAUGGAAUUGGGAUAAGGGGAAGUAAAACUGAAGAAGAUGGCAUAUACAAGUGUGACUGUGAAGGCUGUGACCGUAUAUAUGCAACUCGGUCAAAUCUUCUCCGACACAUUUUUAAUAAGCAUAAUGACAAACACAAAGCUCAUUUGAUUCGGCCAAGAAGAUUAACACCUGGUCAGGAAAAUAUAUCAAGCAAAGCAAACCAAGAAAAGACAAAGUCUAAGCAUCGGGGGACAAAACACAGAUCUGGAAAGGAAGGAAUCAAAAUGCCUAAGACAAAACGAAAGAAAAAAAAUAAUUUAGAAAACAAAACUGCGAAAAUUGUGCAGAUUGAAGAAAAUAAGCCUUAUUCUCUGAAACGUGGAAAGCACGUAUAUUCUAUAAAGGCUAGAAAUGAUGCCUUAUCUGAGUGUACAAGCAGAUUUGUGACCCAGUAUCCAUGUAUGAUAAAAGGGUGUACAUCGGUUGUUACAAGUGAAAGCAAUAUAAUUAGACAUUAUAAAUGCCAUAAAUUAUCAAAGGCAUUUACAUCACAACACCGUAAUCUUCUCAUUGUCUUCAAACGGUGUUGCAGCUCACAACUAAAGGACACUUCUGAGCAAGAAGGUGAUAAGAGUGAUGUGAAAAAUUCUGACGCAUGUGUAUCAGAGAGCAACGAUAACUCCAGAACAGCUACAGUUCCACAGAGAGAAAGUGAAAAAAACGAGAAAGAUGAAAUGGAUGAGCUAACAGAAUUAUUUAUUACAAAAUUAAUAAAUGAAGAUAAUGCAAGUGUGGAGACCCAAGCUCAUACCUCUUCAAAUGUAAGUAAUGAUUUUCAGGAAAAUAACCCCUGCCAGUCAGAAAAACAAAAAACAAGUAAUUUGAAGAGAGUUAAUAAAGAAAAAAAUGUCUCCCAAAAUAAAAAGAGAAAAGUUGAAAAAGCAGAACCAGCAUCAGCAGUUGAGUUAAGUAGUACACACAAAGAAGAAGAAACUGCUGUUGCAAUUCAAACCACGGAGGAGCAUCCUGCAUCUUUUGACUGGAGCUCAUUUAAACCAAUGGGAUUUGAAGUAUCAUUUCUGAAGUUUCUUGAGGAGUCUGCAGUGAAGCAGAAGAAAAAUUCUGACAAAGACCAUCCAAAUAGUGGAAAUAAGAAAGGAUCCCAUUCAAAUUCAAGAAAAAAUACUGAUAAGACUGCUGUGACUAGUGGAAAUCAUGUAUGCUCUUGUAAAGAAAGUGAAACCUUUGUACAGUUUGCCAAUCCAUCACAGCUUCAGUGCAGUGAUAAUGUAAAAAUUGUUUUAGACAAGACUCUUAAAGAUUGCACUGAACUUGUGUUAAAACAACUUCAGGAAAUGAAACCUACCGUCAGUCUGAAAAAACUUGAAGUACAUUCAGAUGAUCCAGAUGUGUCUGUUAUGAAAGAAAUUAGUAUGGGUAAAGCCACAGGUAGAGGGCAGUACUGAUAACUAAUGUACUAUAAAUACAUUAUUUACGGUUUUAUUUUAAGUAGAAGCCAUCAAGCAUGCUAGAGUUGUGAAACUUUCUCAUUAAUUUUUGUUGCUGACAUGAAUUAACCUGGCCAAAAAAAGGAAAAAGAAAAAAAAAACAUGACAUUUGUCAUGUAAAACUUUUUUUUUUUAUCCCUAUGGGACUUGAGGAACAGAAUCAAUACUUCAGUUAUUGUAAAUAGUUGAGCUACACCUCAAAUUUCUAUCAGCCAGUUGCCCUUUCCAUGAACUAAAUUGAAUUAUCUGUGUGAUUGUUAUGUUUCACCAGGUCACUGCUCAUGUAGAACAGUAGUUUUUGUAGAUAUCUUUUUUGUACAUAUUUAUUAUUGUAAAUCAUUUGCUGCCACCAGCAGUGUGUAAGUCUAAACUAUUAAAUGACACAUUUAUAUUUGGAAUUUUAAUUUUUAACUAAGUGAUCAAGUUUUUAAAACUGUUCUUUUAUUGUUUUAAAUUAAGAAUUUUUUGAACUAAAAGUAGAAACUCUGCCAUGGUUCAUUGAUUUUUUUUUUUUUUACAUAAAACAUUUAUUUACAAGAUCUCAAAAUUACUUUUCACAAAGUAGGCACAUUAUAUCAACACCUUGCUCUGCUUUGUAAAUUUAUCCUCCAGGAUUUUGGGAUGGUAUUCAUGUGAAAUUAUAGCAGAUUCUUUAGCAGUUUCCUAUAGCUACAGGUUUUUUUCAAUGCUUCUAAUUGGAUAUAGUUACUAUGAUUCCAUGAAAUAUAAUGGAAAUGUGAAUAAAGAAUUUACUACAUCAAAGAUUUUAAACAUUUGGUAUUAAAAAAAAAUCCUUUGUGAAUGUGAUAGAAACUAGUAGUGUGGAGCAGUGUAAAUAUUUGAGGUGGUGAUUUGUGAAGUAGCCCAGUAUUGCCUUAAAUAAAAUCACAUUUCAUUUCUUGUUUUAUACAUGUGAUCUUAUAAAGUUUUUUUUUUCCAUUUUCUGAGAUUUAUAGAUUGGUGUAUAGCUUUAAACUGUAUAAACUUUUGUGGAAAGAUUUUUUUAAACAUUUUUAUAAAUCUUAAAAUUGAUAUCAUCAAAGUGAGCCCAUCUUGUGUUUAUAAAAUGCAAGAGUCCUUAACAUUUAUAAUUACAUAGAUGAAACACUUUCUAUAAGGAAGUUGGAUGUUUUGAUUUUACUGUUUAUAGAUGUUAGAUUGUACAGAUUUGUAUUUUCCCACCACAUCUAAUGAUACUUUUUUCAUUAGAUUGGUCUUCCAGAGCAGUAUUAGUUGUUAUAAUUGAUUAUUUUGGUUAUUCAGUAUAUAGUUAGCUCUUACAGUUUAGCUUUAUUCACCAUAUUUAUACUGUGGAUUCACGGCAGAGAUAGAGGUUAUUUCAGGAGAGUUUAUUACCUUCAUUUGAAGUCCAACUAAAGUCAGUACUGGAAACAAAAGAAAACAUCUUUUGAAUUUACUUUUGUUUCUGUUUGCCAUAUAUAGUAGCAUUGAUUUUUGACUUUGUGUUUGUUAUAAACCAGUUGCAUUCACAAUAUUAUUAGCCUGAGAUAUUGACGAUGUUGUAAUAAUAUGAAAAUGUGUAUAUUCCCUGUGCAACAUCAGAUUUGCAGGAAAAGUGAAGCACUUAACUGAAAUUGCUGGUACUCUGAAUAAAUAAGCAUGGUCAAGGAGUGAAUUAUUUUCUUUUGGAAAAUAUUUUUUUAAGUUUUAUUAAAGUAUUAUAGUUUUAUUUUUAGGGCCUAAUGGGUUAUAUUGAAUAGUUGGUUUCACCUCCUUAAGGUUUAUUACCAAUAUGCAUAAAACUUGACAAACUAAAAUCCCUUCCCUUUGGUAAGCCCACUGUUAUUUAUUAAAAUAAAAGUUGUUCGUAUGGGUAAUUAAUACAUGUUUUUUUCCUACAUUAACAAUAACUUAACUGAAUAAUUUUUAAUAUUAAAUUUUUGUUACCAACUGAAUGUUUCUGUACAGUUUUCUUGGAAGUUGACCUAGCUCUUAAAGAUAGGCAUUUGGCAAAACUGCCCUAAAUAGUACAGUAGCAAGGAGAUUUAUUUCUGGUGAAUGUAGUGAUGAGCCACCGUUAAGUGAAAAUACCAUUGUAUUGGGGCUUUUCUUUUGCUCAUUAGCUCAAGAAAAUUCACCCUUAGACAUUUCUGUAAUUGUUCUACAUGUCAGGAGAAGGUUUGCCAACACCGAAUUAAUAUUUUUUAUAUUCCAGGUACUGUUUGCUAAAAGUAAUUAUGGCAGAGUGGGCUUUUUAGCAUGGAACAGAAAAAUCAAGUUAUGGUAUAAAAUAUUAAUUUAUAGAACAGCAUGUUGGUAAAAUUUGAUAUGGAAUGUAAUGCCUAAGUAUUAAAAAAGUAAUCUUAAAGUAUAUAUUUUUCAUGUAUACUUUUCCUCAGUCUGUUGUCUUGAGAUACUGUCUUCCUACAGCCUUAGUUUGCCUAGGUUUUAUCAUUUAAAAAUGGAUUUUUUUCCCCUCUUCUAAACCCAAAGAAUAUGAAUCUACAGAUCAGAACGUACUCAAAAUGUAUCGUGAAGUGAAAAGGUAACAGUUUGGGAGAUUUUCAGCAAUGUUAAAUUCAGCAUAAAUUAUUUUAAAGGGCUAGACAGAGAUCGAGUUUUGGCAAGGCAGUGUUUUGAUCAUGGGUAAGCAAACAGUUGCUAUAGCUGUUAAGACUACAUAAAUACUAUAGCUAGAGAUAACAAAGAGGGAAUGCGCUAUUGCAGGGGUGGGUGUUUAUGAAAGUCUGUAGAAAAGUGAUUCUUGAAAGAUGAAGGACCAGUCCUUGGAUGGUCAUAGGGGAAACGAAUUCUAGGUAUGGAGGUAUGAUGAAGCAGCAUAGUGCAUUUGCAGUAUUGCAAGUGGUUUAUGUGGAAAGAUAGGGGGUUGGAGAAGCUGAAGAGGAAAUGAGCCAGAUCAUGAAGGUUCUUGUAUGCCAUAUAGUUUUCAGUUUUGAUUUAUUAAGUGGUUACUGAAUGCAUUUAAGUUCAACGAUUUGACCAGAUGCCAAUUUUAGAAAGAUAAUUGGUAUUAUAUAGAGGAUAGAUUGGAUAAGUUGGGAGUUAAAAGCAGGGAGGCUUGAGGCAAAAAAUGGUGGGGGCCAGAAGAAAAGAUGUUAACAGAGUUGAGAAGCAGUAGAACAGUCAGGCAGGCAACCUUUUUCAAAAUGCUUAUUGUAAUGAGUUACUACCAGGUUGGAACUUCUGUCAUCAGAGUUUUCUAAACUGCAUGUUCUAGCUCGCUCUUAAAAGAAUCCAAUGCACAGUAGUAUAUUAAAGACUGAAAGUUCUGUGCAGAGAACAUGUUAACUGUUAAAUGGGAAUUUUUCAGACUUAACUGACAAGGAAAAUAUUUUUCUUUUUUAAUGUUAAUACUCAGAUAUAACCUACUAAGUGUUCUAAGGAGCACAUUUUAGGAAACAGUCCUCUGAAAUGGCAUUCAUUAAACCAGGGCUGAGAAUCAGCAGGUGUGUGCACCAGUGCAGCAUGUAUCAGCUGUUUACAAGUGGUGAUUUUUCUGAUUGGCCAAUUUAUCCAUUCCAAUUGAUAAGUUUCACAUGUCCUUUUACAACAUUUUUUUUAAUUUUAUAUUGUUUAUUAUCUGUGCCUCCCAACACUACCUACCUCUCAAUGAACAAAAUGAUAGUAUCUGCUUUAUUUCUCAGUGGUUUUGCUCAUUAGAGGUGCUUCAUUUCAGUGAUUUGCUCUCCAUAAAUGGGAGCCCUACAUGUAUCACUUCCAUAUUUGGAAUUCAGAUUCCCUUUGUCCAGCCACAAACUGGUAGCUCACCUGCUUGGGAUAUCUCCACUAAAAGAUACUUCUACCUCAUCUCAACUAGUCAGUUAAUCCUACCACUUGCUCAUUAUUCAUCCCCUCACCCUGUCCUCAACUUGUCCUACUUAGAGACUAGAUUCAGCUGUUACAUGCACUCCUUUGCAGGUAUCCUCAGAUCAUGCCCCUCUCUCUGUCGUGUUCUAGAACAAUUUUCAAAACCUGUCUGCCUUUGAGCAGUUGAGUGGGAGGAAAUUACUACAACAGGCAAGUUUAUAAUCUCAAAGAGACUCAAAAUUGCCUGGCAGUUUUUCUGCAGUGUUACUGUAAUACCUUGCUUCCACAAACUUAAAUGAUUUCCUUUUUUCCCAGUUUUCCUACUCACUUCAUCAAUGCGCUUUUAAUCACAUUUGCUGAGAAACUAGAAAAACUGACCGGAAUUUUCUCCACUUUUCACCACCAAAUUUAUAAGCCCAUCUACAGAUCUGCACUCUUAACCAAAAAUCAAUCCUUCCUCACCUCAAAAACUUUGAAUUAGCUACUCUGUUUUCAUCAAACUUUCUCCUACUAGAUCCUUUUCAACAGUCUAUGUAUGUGCCCUAGUAGCUACUAUUCUUAAAAAAGGGGGGUGGGGGGGCGCCUGGGUGGCUCAGUCGUUAAGCGUCUGCCUUCGGCUCAGGUCAUGAUGCCAGGGUCCUGGGAUCGAGCCCUGCAUUGGGCUCCCUGCUCCGUGAAAAGCCUACUUCUCCCUCUCUCACUCCCCCUGCUUGUGUUCCCUCUUUCACUGUGUCUCUGUCAAAUAAGAUCUUUUUUUAAAAAGGGGGGGUUAAUAUGGGGAGGGCGAUUCCAUCUAACUAUAAUCCUUUUUAUUUAGUUCCCAUCAGAGCUAAUCUGAGUUGUCAAACAUUCCAUUUCUUCUCAUUUAAUCCCACUUUAUAUAUCAUCCCACAACUGUUACGAAAUUGCUUUCAUCAGGAUCACCAUUCUUUUCCAUGCUGCCGUAUCUGUUCUUUUUUCUGCUCAUUCACUGUCUUAGGAGCAUUCAUCAGGGUUAAUGACUUACUCCUGGAAAUAUUCUCUCUUGGUUGUCUUACCUUUUCUGGCUGCUCCAUCAGUGAGUCCAACCCUGUUUCCUCUCCCAAUACCUGACCUUGGCUUAUUGUAUAUGUCUCCACUCUCUCUCGAUGAUUUAGUCCCUUCUCUGGCGUUCAGUAUGAAUGUACCAUCACACCCAAAUUUAUACCUCUAAGACCAAACUGUUCAUAGUUCCAGGCUUGUAAUUUCAACUGCCUACCUCAAAAUUAAACAACACCCCAAAUCAUUUCUUUCCCUACCCCAGCUUCAAUCUGUUCCUCUCCCAGUAUCCCUAUUUGGAUAAGUGAAAUCACUACCUAGGUUUCUCAGUCUAGGUUCUCUAACAUCAUCAUGGUAACCACUUCAUACCCUUUCUCUAUGUUUGGUCACAAGUAUAGGCAUUUUUACCUCAAGCGAAAAGGAACCCACUUCUCAUCAAAUCAUUUCUUGCAUAGACCACUGUAAUAUUCUUACGAGCUUUCUUCGGAAUAUUCCCCACGAAAAGCUAGGUUAAUUUAUUUUAAGUAAUUUUAGUUUGUGGGGAGUGAGUGGAGAAAAAAUUUUUUCUUCACAUUGCCCUUUGAAUAAAAUAAGGUGUUUGUUUUACUAUGAUGCCUGCCUAUCUAAAUACAUCUUGUUGCUCCUCUUUGCCCAUUGUGUUCUAGCCACAUUGCUUUCUCUUGAGUUCCUCAAGCCAGGCUCUUUCACAUCUCAAGGUCCUUGCACUAGCUGUUCUUUGACUUGGAAUGCUGUAUUUUACUGUGUACUCACUCAUUCUUUAGGCCUUAGGCCUCAGCCCCAUUAUCAAUUACUCCAUUGCACCAUUCAGCUUUCCUUGAUAGCAUUUAUCAGGUUGUAAUUGCUUUUUAUUCUCUGCCAUGGAACAAUCCGGUACCUUGCACAUGCUACAUAUUUAGUGGUAGUAAAAACUUCUUGAAUGCUUAAAUGGGAGAUAAAGAGACCUUGAUUCUGACUCUCCUGGAGCUCAGAGUCUACACAAUUACUAUAAUUAUUAGUACUAAGGGCAUUAUAAGAAUAUAUAAUAGGGUGAGAAUUUGGUACUAUGUAGUCUGUGGCGAGGGAAAAGUUAGUAAAGACUUCUCUAAAGAAGGCGAUAAGGGGAGGGAAGUUAGAGAAAACUUCAGGCUUGUUUUAAAAGUUCAUUCUGGUGAGGGAGUGUUCCAGUGGAAAAUUCAAGGAAACCAGUUAAGGAGGCUAAGUUGUCCAGGGAAGAACAAAUACUGUCUUGAAGAGUGGUGAUUGCUGAAGGAGAAAAGUGGACAGACUUGAAAGAUCUAGGAUAUUUGACAGGACUUGAUCAUUAUGGGUUAUGGGGAAAGAGGAAGAGGAUAGAAAUUGAGAAAAUUUACAGGUUUUGGUUUGAAUAAAUGAUUGAAGAAAUGUUAUUUAGGUACGUGAGGAUAAAAGAGCAGUUUUGUGAGUUGAUGAUUGCCUAAGGGAAGAGUAUAGAAAAGGAUCCAGGACCUAACUCUGAGAAACUCAGAAUUUCAAAGUAGAUAGAAAUAAGAAGAAUCAUGAGACUUGUAGGUUGGAACUAUUUCAAGGUAUCACAUUCUCCUGAGAUAAGGAAAUUGUAAAGUACCCUUUGGAUUUAGUGGUAAGAAAGUAAUCCAUGACCUUUGCAAUUACUUAGUUUGAGUGGAAGUCAGUUUGAGAAGUGUAGAAAGCAAGUGUAAACACCUAUUUUUGGUGUUUUAUUGAAAUGACAAGAGAGGACUGAUAACAAUGGUUGCUAAAGAGUGUCAUGGAGUCCAACCAGUUUUUCAUAGUAUAAGCAAAUCGAGCAUAUUCAAGUUGCAUUGAGAAGGAUUUGGUAGAGAGAAGGGGUUAAGAUGUGAAAAAUAGCAUAUGUUGUAAAAUUCUUAGGUUUUAGCUUGGGUAAUUGUGAAUGGUGACGCUGUUUGCCAAGGUAAUAUAGAAGGAAUAGGAUUGGAAGAAAGGUUAAUACUGAGUUUGAGGUUCUUAUACGUCAUUAAGGCAGAGAGGAAUAGUGAUCAGUUCUUUAUAGGGGUCUGAAACUACAGUUGUGGGCUUUAAUCCCUUGAGUACAAGUAUUUUGACUUCUGUCUCAUCAGCAUUUUGCUCAAUCUGAGGUACAGUGAGCACUUACUUUGCUGGAAUUGAAAGAAAUAGCAAGCAUGUAAGGAAAGAUAAAUCACCAAGGAGAGAACCCUGAGGAACACCAACACUUAGUGGGCAGGAAAAAAAGAAACUAGCAAAGAAGACUUGGAAAGGAAGGUUUAAGUUAGGUGAGGACUAGGAAUGGAGGUAGGGUGUGGGGCAUUAUGGAAGCUGGAGGAGAAUGUUGAGGAUAGUUGGUCCUGUAUUGUGCCACUGGGAGAUCAUUAAGAAUAAAGAGGCUACUAGAAUUAAUCUUUGGUAGUCAUUGAUCUUUAAAGAAGUUUUGGUGGAUGCCAAGUAAUGUUUGUUUAGUCAUAUUCAAUUGGUGAAUGAGCUAAGGAAGUCAAGGCAAUGAAUUAAGUAUCUUGCACGAAAGAAAAGGAAAUUGGCCAGUGCUUUCCCUUAUUUAUAGAGAGAUUUUAAGAUAAGUCUUAAAAUAUUUGUGGAUUCUGGGGACGUACCUGUUAAAGAGGUCGAAGUUUGAGUAGUAGAUGGAACCUGGUCUUAAGAAUACAGGUUAGAAAUACUAGCUUUACACAAUUAAAAAUGACAUCUCUUAGACUUGUUUUUGUGUUUGUUUUUUAAGAUUUUAUUUAUUUAUUUGACAGCACAAGCAGAGGGAGAGGGAGAAGCAGGCUCCCCACUGAGCAGGGAUCACGAUGUUGGGCUCGAUCCCAGGACCCUCGGAUCAUAAUCUGAGCCGAAGGGAAAUGCUCAACCAACUGAGCCACCCAUGCACCCUACUUUCUUAGACUAUUGUUAAGUAGAAAUGUUGAGCUCCUUGUCUUGAAGAAAGGAAACAGAAAUAUACAGGAUAGCAAGCCUUGGAAAAGUAGGAGACCAAGGUUUAAAUGGUAAAGGUUUGAGUUGAAGAAUGGGGGAAGGAGCUAAGUAGCAGAUAUAAAAGGAUUACUGAUCAGCAUUCAAUGCACAGCUGAACUGAGAGCAUGAACUUGUAGUGGCACCAUCUGUAUGAUUAUGUACUAUUUCCAGUACUGUUCUUCAGCUUGAAUGGAGGAGAAAGAAGAGGUUGGAUAGUUCUGGCAGGAGUAAAUACAUCAAUGAAUUGAGCCCAAUUAGAGUAGGAAACAAAGCCAAAAGGACUGAAGAGAAGAGCGUGGUCAAGGGACUAGAGGUCUUUGUGGCACCAAAGAAAGGGUAUAAUGGGAAUAAAGCCAAGAUUUAGGUAUGAAAGACCAGGGCAUUGAAAUUUAAGAUUUUAGGAGUAAUGCAGCUUGCAGUGUUUGGAAAUAGCUGUAGUAGAUCGCUGAAUUAGAAUGUAGAUGAAAGUUACUGGAGUUGAAAAAUUUAAAGAAUUUUUGUCUAAUUUAUUGAAUGGACUGUGUACAGAAGAUAUCCCUAGUAGGAACUGGGUGUAAGGAGAGAGUCAAGUGCUGAAGUCCUUAAUUAAGAGGUUUGUCAGGGAGAAUGCUUCCAGGCUGUGUGGGACAUGUAAGGAUUUUGGGGAAGUAGAUUCUUGCAUCCUCUUGGCCCAGAAGUCUUGGGAGAUCCGGAUUCAGUUAAGGUUGCAGAAUACAAAUUUGUGAAGUAGCCAACAGUUCUAGAGAUAACCCUUUAAAGAACAUAAUAGAAUUGGAACGCGUAAGCAGAAGUCAGGGAGAGGAAUUAGAAUAGUAAGAAUGGAGAUAGUAGGGAGAGGGCAUUUAUAGUGACCAAGAAGAGAGAGAAGCUUUGAAUACUUCAAGACCAAGGCUACAGUCUAACAAGAAUCUGCUGUUUCUAGCUCUCCCAGGCCUAGGUCCCAUGUAUCAGAUGUGCUAAUGACAGUAACAGUUAAUAUUUAUUGGCUGCUACUAUGUGCUAGACUGUGCUUAAGAGCUUUCCUUGUAUUUCCGUUUAUUGUUACAUCAAUUCUUAUGUGCUUAUAUUCUCAUUUUAAGAUGAAAUUGAGUAAGGUGAGGAAAGGCUUAAGUAUCUUGCCUGAGUUAAACAGCUAGUAUGUGACAUAGCCGAGAGUUCAAACUAUGUUCAUUGACUCCAGAGCUUGUAUAUGCCUUUAUUUGGAAAACAUAGGCUGCCAAAUGAAGUAACAAGUUGCUCAGUGUCUUUAUUUGGAACGAUGUAAAAAAAUGUCGUGAUAGCUGAAGAGAAUUCUCCCCCAGGCGAUUAGUAUAUGAUUCGUAAAUGAUAUUUUUAAUGUUACAUACAUAUAUAUAUUGUUUGUUGUUGUUUACAGUUAAUCAAUAUUGAUUCCAAAGGGGAAAAAAAAAGAUGAACUUCUGGAAUCAAGUCUGGCACCAUGAAGAAGGUAGCUGUGUUGAUGAAAGUAGGGAGCACAGAAGAACAAAGGGCUCACUACUAGAGAUCUUUGCUGCAGCUGUGCACUCUUAAGCCAAAAAAGCUAAGAGAAAGGAAAAUAAGCAGUUGUGGAGGGGUUGAAUGGAUUCUGACCAGCUAGCUGUCUUUUCACUCUAUAGCUGAUGUGUAUUGGGAGCCCUAUAAUUAAAUUAGUAGAUGUUUUGUUUGCUGCCAGUUCAGCUUCCAGGUUCUUGUGUUCCCUCAAAGUAACUAUGGGCAUGUUAGAAGGAUGUUCACUAUGCAAGCUGCCCUUAAAACAGCCUUUAGUACUACCAUCCCUAGAUCCCCUAAAAACCCCUGUCACCCAGGGGUUUGUUGGAAAAGAGGAAUGGGGCGUCAGGGUGAUAAUGAUAGCCCUCAUGUGCUGUGGUCCCUCUACAGCAGUGAAGUGUUUACAUCACUGGGCUUUUGAGGACACAGAGUAGCUUUCAAACUAUUAAGGAGCGGAUCACACCAGGAAAUUCUUCAUUGGAAACAGGUACCUAAGAGUCACCCCUACAAGGAGAGUGCCCCCCUUCUCACCAAGCCAAAGUAACCCCUUUUAUGUGGAGGCUUCAAGAUGUUAACCAACACCUAAACACAGGAAGGGGGAUGGGAUAUAAAGAGAAUCAAUCUCUUAUGUAUUUGCAAAAAUAUUUCAACAGUCAAUACAGUCCAAAUAUUCAAACAAGUCAUUUUGGCAGUUCUUAUCUGUUACCUCCAACCCUAAAACACAGUUACCUGGUAAACACAUUAUUAUAUUUACUUAUUUGAAAAUUUCAAAGCAAUCCUUAAGAGUGUUUACUAAACCUACUUAACAGCUUCUUAAAGCUGGAGCAUUACAAAGUUUUUCUCAAGUAUAUAUGCCCUCAAAGGGAAUUUUCUCAUCCCAUGAUGGCAUUUGGGUGGUGGGUCUAACCUUAUUUAGGCAGUUUAAAAUGAAUUCUCAAGCCCUGCCCCAUAAGAGGAAAAAGUAAGCCUUUUUAUAGAUGAGGACAGUGACGUGGGGAAAAGUAAUGACUUGUAAUAGUAAACGUACAAAACAGGUCUGACCCCUCACUUAGAAUGCUUUCUCUACUGUCCUGCUGGCUGAAAGUGGAGAUUCAAAGCAGAAGGAUGAAUGUGGAGAGUGUCAGGACUAUAUGGUGAAAUUUAUCAUUGCAAAUAUGGAAGGCGGUGCAAUAUACUUAGGAGUAAAUAAGGCAAAAUUCUAAGUACUGUCAUAUGUUGCGGCAUAUGUUGAUGUCUUACACUUUAAAAAUAGGUUUCUUAAUGUAGCCUACAUGUUACCAGUAUAAAAUGAGAAACAAGCAAUUCUAAAAUCUUGAUCCUACACCAGCUCCCCAGCCAAAGUUGAUGAGCCAGAAGUAUGAGACGCAACAACUGUUUUGCUAGAAGUGAAAUGACCAGAAACAUCCAGAAUGUUCAACCUAAUGGUGUGAGCCUUUCUACCACAAAAUGGUAAAAUCACUGAGAUUUUAACUGUUAUUCUUUCUAAGCCAAUAUUCCCAACAAUGAAAGAAAAAUUGAAUUUUGAUUUUAAAACUGUCGGCAGAAACCCAGUCCUAUAGGAUGUAUACAUUUUUUUCUUUCCCUUUUCGUUGACCAAGCUCUAACAUCUGUGUAGGCAGCUUUUCUCAGAAGUACAACACUAAAGCGAAGGGCAGAUAUGCUCCAUUCGUCAGAGCUUUCAGGUCUUUGGUACAUUGAAUUGGGCUGUCAAGGGGAGCAACAGUUAAAAGUACUGAGCUCAAAGAUCCUAAAGGGAGGCUUGGGAAGCCAAAGACUGAAAUCUGGCGUUAUCUAUCUCAUAUGGGCAAUAGAUUAUAUUUAAUAAACAGUUGUGUCAGACCUCUAAGUUCAUUAUAUGUCAACUCAAUCACAGCCAUAGAAAGGAAGUAGCUGGUAUUGGAGGUAAUUGUCACAAUUUUUAUUCAGUUGUCACCACCUGACUCAUCUAUUCUGAAAGACCCAUGUGCUCUUACUGAGGUCAAACCUAGAAUACUGCUUGAAGGAAAAUUUAAAUUGUAGUUACAAUGGUAGAUAUGUGCGUGUACACAUACACACAUGUAUACCUUCAGAGAAAGUAAACAUUGUAGUAGAUUUCAUAAUUCUGUCAGAAUGGGAAGAAAGACCAUCUCACCAUUUUGAUUUGGUAAAGUCUGCAUCUAAAUCCUGUUAUUACCUUGCUUUCCCAUCUUUAUCAGAGGCCAUGUUCAUAUUGACUUCACAAAAAAAAAAAUUACGUACACUCCUUUUCAGCAAACGUAUGCAUGUUCUAUUCAAUAAAUAUUCAGAUGUUUUUUAAGUA